UAUUUUCCAGAACAUUGAAUGUACAUUUCACUGAAAUUUAUGUUGCAAUAAAGUUGAUUUCUGCAUACUGACAAAAUUUUGGAAACGAGAGUACAAACGGCCGUAAACGACAAAAAUGCAACAACAUGACAACGUAGACAUUGUGACUUUUUUGUGUGUGACAUUUUAAGUUUUUUAGAAGUUGUUGGGUAGGCGGAGAAUUUUGAUUAGUUGUUCUAAACAGUUGUUAUUGAAAAAUUUUUGUUGUCUUUUGAUUAAAACACAAAAUUUUCAAUUUUUCAAGAAGUUGUGUAAUUUGCAUGAUUUGGAAAUAUGGAUUCUAUUGAAAAGGUGUACCCCACUGUUGAAGAGCUAAGUAAAGUGAACAAGAAUCAGAGUUGUCCAGAAUGUUGUGCCGUAUUCACUUCAGAAUCACAUUUAAACUUGCAUUUAGCCAAGACUCAUAAGAAAGGGCAUCUUUUGCAAGCAAACAAUAACAAGGUUUACCACUGUCCUGUUGAAACAUGUAGUUAUAACAGUUCAGCCCAUUUCAAAAAGUUGAAAUUUUUGAAACAACACUACCUCAAGGUACACUCGGAGAAAAGUUUUGUGUGCAGCUUUUGUCAAAAAGGCUUUCCUACAGAAUCAGCCUGCAGUAGACACAUAGAAUACUGCAAUGUGGUUUUUAAGUGUUGUGACUGUGAUGUAUUUUAUGAUUGCUAUGAAACGCUAAAGACGCACAGUAGGCGUAAGAAACAUAAUAUACUUGAUAAAGUUGCUUAUAAAACGCCAACAGCAAACUCUCCUUUAAAGACUAGAAAAAGUGAUGAAUCUCUUUCAGUUAAUAAAGUAAGAAUGAUUCUUCCAAAGCCAUCAAGCAGUGCGGGGAUGAUUGUGAUUACAGGUACCUCAGACCAAAGUUGUCAAACUGAAAAGUCAAAUCGAAAUAGCCAAGAAACACAAACACUUCUUGCAUACAGAAUGCCACAUUUUACUGUGGAAACGCAAACUAUUGGUGAUUACUUCACAAAGAAGUCGGAAGCUUUUAAUAAUAAUCUGAAGAGUGCCAAAACUCAAACUAUUAUUGCAGACCCAAAAACUGCAUCGUGCAAUACGUCGUUUGCGUUGGAUGAAUGUAAACUUAAUAUUAUCAAUGAGGUUCAACGCAAUUCCUCUGGGACCCAAACCACUAUUUUGAAGGAACCAGAACGAAUAUAUUCUUCGACAAGUACUCAUGAUUCCGUCCACACUGAUACAUCAGAUCUGUUUAAAGAAAUAUUUGAUUCAAAUUUCUUUAACUGCAAUUCAGAAACUCAAACAGAUUUUAUUUUCAAUGAUGAAUUGUUCAAAUAUUGUGAUGAUUACACAAACAUGCAUACACAAACGUGUGACGAUCUGUUACUGGGAGAAAUAGGACUAAAUAAUACUCAUACACAAACCGUUUUUGAUGAUGUUCUCAAGUCUGUCGAAAGUCAAACCAUUAUGUCUCAAUCGCAAAUGACGUCGUUGCGGUCUACAGAUAUGAUGACUCAUAUGGAAACUCAAACUGAUGCCAUUUUUCAGCAAAUGCUUGAAGAAAUAAACGCCUGACUAUGAA